UCGUUUUCAGUAACUAAAUGACGCCGCGUACAACAGUUUAUCAAAACUUUGGGCUUUCCCAAAGAUGGCGAAGUCGGCCGCUACUUUGGAAUUCUUGCAAUCCCCACUGGAUAGUGUCUUGCACAUACUACCUCAUGGCCACGAAAAAGCCCUGAGACAUGCAUUCUACAAUGCUGCGGCAUUUGUAUUUAUUCUUAUCUUAUUUUCAGCUGGAAUAGCUGUGUAUUUUGUUCUGGAGGCUUUCAUCCAGCCACUCGUGUGGGCCGUCCUCUGUGGUACCGUCCUUUUCCCAUUCAAACAUGCCUUGACGAAGCUCGUUCAACAGUGGCUGUCUGGCCUAGCUGAGUCAGGGACACCAUUGUUCGUGGGCGCUGUUGCUUUACCGAUUCAGGUGCUAGAUUCGUCUUCUGAAGGCUUAGCAAAUAUUAUUACAAGGUGGUUGAAACCUCUCAUAGGACUCGCUAUAGGAUUGCCGUUAUCUUAUCUAGCAUACUAUUUUCUUGAUUAUGUUUGGACUGGGCUAGAGAAUGCAGCGUCAGUUGUCAAUGAUGUCCUCAACUGUUUCAGUGCUUUUUGGGUAUGGACUAUAGUUUUGGCUUACUUGUUGAUAGUGAUCUUCUGGUGGAAUGAUACUUCAAAGCCUAUAUUAAGUGCCUUAUCAGUACCGGUGUGGGCUAUUCUACUGGUGUUCUUUGCUACCAUGACAGGGCCUUUCAAAGUCACUUUGUCUGUACUCAGUGUGAUUAUCAUCGGUGUUGGGCUUAGCACUUACAUGAAGGAGAAAGCAGUAGCACUGAACGAAUCAAAUACAAGUUCUUGUAGUCUUCAUACAUUCUCCGAAGCCAGCGCAUCUGCUCCAGAAAAUCUGUUGCCCAACAUUAAUAUGCAGAGAGGGAAUGAUGAAUUGGAAAGUGGAGCAGAUACUGCUAAACCUGAGCAAGAUACUACAGAUGGCGUUCAGCGUCCAUUGGGUCUGCACAUUCCUAAAUGUACCGGACCAGACAGCACUAGCACACGGAAGAAGAGUAGGAACCUGAGUAACCAAUACAUCAUCAGUCUGGUGUGGAUGUGUGUGUUGUUGAAGUUGUGGAUGCACAUGUGGUGGCUACAGCUUCUGCCAAUUCCAGUUCUUGUGUGGGUGCUGAAGAGACUGGUGACAGAAACUGGAGCUUUGGAUUUCACAAAACAAAAAGUUCGGCAGCGUUGGAGUACUAUGCAAGAGUGGGUGCAGGAUCGUGAAGAUGCUCUUGUACCACAUUAUAUUCGUGGGAUACUAUCAUUGUGCCUGAAAGGAGAUAAAAAGCUGAUCACUAUCCUGUCAGGCUCACUGGAUAAAAUCAUCAGUAUAUUCAUUAUUUUGUCUGUGUUCGUUUCCGUUGUCAUAGCAGCAUUUCUCGUCUCAAUACAGAUUCAACAAGAGAGUAUGUAUCUCGUUCAGGUGUCGGGUAGUUUGAUCAAUGAAACUGUUUCAAAUCACCCGGAACUUAAAACUUGGCUGCCGGGUGCUGAUGACAUGCAUUCGGCUGUUGACUCAAUGGUUGGCAAUCUUCAUCGUCAUGGUCGAGAUUGGAUAUCUACAAAGAUCCAUAAUACUUUUGAUGGUCACAUAGAUGAUGUCUCGUUUCUUGAGAAACAAAUCUUAGAAAUGUGGGAUCAAAUAUAUAUGCAGUGGGCAGCAAAGAAUGUGACUGGACUAGAGUCUAGGAAGUCAAAUGUGGUGACAUCAUGGAAUACCGUGGUGAAUUCCUUCAGCAAGUUGGACAACCUGCACAUCACUGGGAUCAUGACCUACAUACAGGAUAACAUAGAAACUGUCAAAUCAAUUGCUGAGUCUGUGUGGACAGUCCUUAAGGGAAAUAUAAACAUCGUUUUUACCAUCUUGACAACAAGUAUUUCUCUGAUUUUUGGAGGUGGAACAGCACUCCUUAACUUAGUUAUCUCAUUUGUGAGUUCUUGGUUACCAUUAAUUUACAAGUUUUUAAAUAUCAAAUUUGACAUGUUGAUACUUAAAUUUAAUGUAUUGUUUUCCAUAUUCUUAUUGUCUUUAUUGAAUGCACUUUUACAUAAAUGGCAAAUGCUUAACCACCAUGGAAAUAAAUACAAAAUACAGAUGUCCAUGCAAUCAUGGAUGUGGUUAUUAGUAAUAGACACAGUAAGAAACAUCAAAAUUUACAAUAUCUCUUCCACAGUAUUGGGAUUGUGCUUGGGAGCGGUGCCUUUCCUUGGAACCUACUGGGCAGCCGUUCCUGGGAUGAUUGAGCUGCUCGUCAAAGAUCAGAAAAUACUAGCUAUCGGGCUUCUAGUAAUACAUUUCUUGCCAUCCAGCUUUGUCGACACAAUUAUCUACGCCGAUAUCAAAGGGGGAAGCCACCCCUAUGUAACUGGGCUUGCUGUAGCUGGAGGGAUCUAUUACUUUGGUCUUAAAGGUGCUAUUAUUGGUCCCAUGCUGCUGUGUUUCCUGCUAGUUGCCUUCAACAUUUACAGUGCUGUUAUCAACUCUCCACCGCCUACAACCCCAGCUGCAGAGCGCCCGCCAGUGAGACGGGUCAGAAGUGUUUUACAAAGAUCUGACACCAUCACCUGAACGAAUAUUGAACUGUGCCUGAACUGUGUGUACCCCAAAAUGUGCCCGUCUCAAGCAUAAGGCCAAAGAUCAAUCCUGAGAUGUUUAGGUUUUAGUUGAUUCAAGGACUUUUUCGUUUUACAAAUUGCACAAUAUUAAAAGAGGUGGACAUACUUUGACGACUACACGUCGUCGUUAUUGGCAGAAGGAUGUUUGUUUAGAUAACAUUGCAGCAGUUGACAAUACAUUCACCAUCAUAUAUUUAUUAUUCUGUGUGUGCAGUGCCUGAGUAGCAUGUGUAUAGCAGUGUAAAAUGGAGUGUUUUUAAGAAGCAUGUCAAAUUUUAUGGUUUUCUGGGGAAAAUUUUAUUUAAUAUAAUUAUUAAUUUAAUAUAAUGUUUGUAAUUUAAAGGUAAUGUCUGUGAAAUAAAAUCUGGAAAAAAUACUGUAUUUGAAUUGGCUUGUACAUUUAAGAAAAAAUAUUUUUUCUAUAAACUUCACAUAAAGUAAAUCAUUAGCUGAGCCAGAGCCCACAGGGCUGGAGCUUAUCCCCAGUUUCUGUAGCAUGAAGCAGAUGAGAGUGUAAUAUUCCCCGUGGGCGGGACGCCAGUUCACCGCAGGUUACUUCCAGCAACUUGCUGGUACCCAUUGAUACAACUGGGUAGACUGAUAAAGUGCUUAAGGACACAAUUAAAAUGCACAGUGAAGGAUUAAAACCCCGACCUCGAGGUUGGGACACCAAAUCAUUUUCAUUGUGCCAAAUCACUUCUUUACAUAGACUCUAAAAUUCCUAUGAAAGAAAAAAAGUUUAAAAGUGAAGCGAGCACAAAACAUUUAACUCAUUUGAAUUUGCUAAUUUAUUUAUUGAUUUUGAAUGUGCUUCUUCCAGUUUCUACUUCAGACCAUAUAAUCUUGAAUUUGUUUUCACUGUGUGUGUUAAUAAUAGCUCUGGUGAAUAAUUUUCACCACAUGGUAUGGUAAUAGGGCUUCUCAAGUUUUUUACUCAAGCUAUAGCUUGGUGGUUAAGAUGCUUGCCUUCCAUGAUCCUGGGUUCAAAUCUGUUCAAGAGGUCAGGAUUUCAUAUUUUUUUUAAUGAAUACAAACAGUAGCUUGACAUUGGGCAGGUACUUUAUUAAGAAUAAAAAUAAUAUGCAAUAUACUACUUUAUAAAGAUUAGAUCAUUUUGGUUCUUGUGUUGCUAAAUCUGAAGGACUAGUUUUUGUACGAUUUUGUUUUUUUUUGUGCAUUUGUAUUAUGUAGAAAUAGGCCUAAGUUUGUAUUCAUAUUUAAUUGCAGUUUGUUUUAUUCUAAUCUUCUACCAUUUUUGAAGACGUAAUCUAUUUUAUAGUAAACAAUUUUACAAAGGACGAAAAUUUUUAAAAAUGGUAGUUUUUAAUGUGAAUUUAAUUGUGCAAUUGCUAAAAAAUAUUUAGUUUAUAAUUUUAACAAUUAUAUUAGAGGAUGCUAUUCAGAUUAUAAAAAAGCAUAAUACAUGUACUAGUCAACUGGAAAUAAAUGCAUACAAUUCAACAUGUUUUCAUAUUGUAGAACAAUUUGCUGGGGAGGUGGUUAGAUAACUUAUGCAUUAGAUGGGUUCCAGAUUAAUAAAUGAAUAUAUAUGCACAGAAUUCUAACAAUAUGAUUAAAGAUCAUUAGAUUUGGCAAUUAGCUUUGAACGCAUAGUUAUGAACUAAAAUAAUUUGAAUAAUAAAAGCUGUAGAGCCCACAUCAUCUAACGAUAAAUUAUAGGCGUUCGAGUCGGUUAACUGCAGGAUUUUGACUUCUAAUGGUCAGUUUCCCAGAGUUCUAAGUAUUGCCCACAAAAAUUGUGUUGAAAAUACAAGUUAUACAAUAGAACCUCACUCAAUUUUGAGAGUCGAAUUACAACCUCCAAGCCAAAUGUACAAAAAAUGUUUUAUUUGAGAAAUUCAUUUGUAGUUUGAUCACGUGGAAAUGCAAAUGUAACGUCAGUGGAGGUUUCCUCUAUAGCAACUCCAUUGCAGCUGCCUCGUGUACAAGUUAUAGUUGUGCUACCAGUGGAUGUUAAAUUUCAAAAGCCAUAGAUGGAUGUUUACAGGCUCCAAAUCGGAAGCCAAUUUUAUUUUAUGGGUGAUUUACUUAAGAGAAUUUUUAUACGUUUUGUUUGAUUUGGCAAUUUUUAAUAAUUGAAUGAGAAUGAUCAGGCCUACAUGUGGAAACUCCUUUACUGUGUGCCUGUUAGAUUUACUUCACGGGGGGAUUCUUUGAUCAUAAAUAUGGUUUUUCAUCCAUAUUAGGUUCAAAUAUAUUUAUAUAUAAACAUUGAACAUUUAUCAAAAGCUAAGCAUGAUUGAAUUUGACUUAACUGUAAGCAAGCUUUCGUCAUGUUAACACCAUGGCUUCAGACUGUGAGCCACGAUGUUGUCAUGUGUAUAACAAGUAUUUUCGUGUUCGCUUUUAUAUUGAUAAAUGUAUUUAGCCUAUAUAAAAAAAAACAAGUAUUGAAAUAUUAUAUUUAUCUAGUAUCCGAUUUAAAGUUGAAUUAAAAUUAUGUGCUUGCUUCUGUUUAAUGUCAUUCAUCGUUCAUUCUACAUCAUAUAAAAGUUAGUUUAUAUGCCGUCUAUGAUGGUAAAGUCUGGCGAACCCGCCUAAUGCAGUUAAGCCUUUACUUUUGUUCAUUAUAUAUUUUUAAAAAGAUUUAAUAUAUUGCUCUCUCUAACCUUGUAUAUCGCAUUAAAAAAACUAUAGUGCUUA